AUGAAAGUUCGGGAAGUAGAAGAGAUGAAGGUUAACGAGAUUGAGAGAGAGGGGAAUGAUGGAGAGCCCAAGAAGGGAGUGGCGAGUGAGCUAGAGGCGAAUGAGGUAGAGGUAGCGGUGAUUGAGGUAGAUGCAGUAGUCACACAGGAAUAUGUGAAAGAGAUAGUGGCCAAUGUCGUAGAAGGGAUUGAGAGAGAUGCCAAGGAGGACUUAGGGAAAGAGGUAGAGGCAAGUGAGGUAGAUGGGAAUGAGGGAAUAGCCAAACAGGAAGUGGCUAAGAAAGUUGAUAAUGUUGUGGAGACAAAGAAAGAGGGAGAGGAUGGUGUUCAGAGGAAACGUAGUAAUAGGAAGAAACAUAAGAACAAGGAGAAAGUUCUGGAGGAGACAGUGAAAGAAGAGGUGGCUGAGAGAGAGGGGAGUGAGGGAGAGCCCAUGCAGGAAGUGGUGGAGGUUGGGACGAUUGAGGUAGAGAUGAUUGAGGCAGUGGCUUUGGAGGAUGUGAUGAAUGAGGUAGAGUUGAAUAAGGUAGAGGUGUUAGAAGGAGAUGGCAAGCGGGAAUUAGCGAAUGAGGCAGAGGUAGCGGUGAUUGAGGUAGAAGCAGUGGCCAAGCAGGAAGUGGUGAAAGAUAUAGCGGCCAAUGUCAUAGAGGGGAUUGAGAGAGAUGCAAAACAGGUAUUAGCAGAAGAGAUAGAGCCAAAUGAGGUCGAUGGGAAUGAGGGAAUGGCCAAACAGGAAGUGGCGGAGAAAGUUGAGAAUGUUUUGGAGACAAAGAAAGAGGGAGAGGAUUGUGUUCAGAGGAAACAUAGGAAUAGGAAGCUACGAAGGAUUGAGAUGAAAGUUCGGGAAGUAGGAGAGAUGAAGGUAAACGAGAUUGAGAGAGAGCGGAAUGAUGUAGAGCUCAAGAAGGAAGUGGCGAGUGAGGUAGAGGCGAAUGAGGUAGAGGUAGCGGUGAUUGAGGUAGAUGCAGUAGCCACACAGGAAUUUGUGAAAGAGGUAGUGGCCAAUGUCAUAGAAGGGAUUGAGAGAGAUGCCAAGGAGGACUUAGGGAAAGAGGUAGAGGCAAGUGAGGUAGAUGGGAAUGAGGGAAUGGCCAAACAGGAAGUGGCUAAGAAAGUUGAUAAUGUUGUGGAGACAAAGAAAGAGGGAGAGGAUGGUGUUCAGAGGAAACGUAGGAAUAGGAAGAAACACAAGAACAAGAAGAAAGUUCUGGAGACAGUGAAAGAAGAGGUGGCUGAGAGAGAGGGGAGUGAGGGAGAGCCCAUGCAGGAAGUGGUGGAGGUUGGGACGAUUGAGGUAGAGAUGAUUGAGGCAGUGGCUUUGGAGGAUGUGAUGAAUGAGGUAGAGUUGAAUAAGGUAGAGGUAUUAGAAGGAGAUGACAAGCGGGAAUUAGCGAAUGAGGCAGAGGUAGCGGUGAUUGAGGUAGAAGCAGUGGCCAAGCAGGAAGUGGUGAAAGAUAUAGCAGCCAAUGUCAUAGAGGGGAUUGAGAGAGAUGCAAAACAGGUAUUAGCAGAAGAGGUAGAGCCAAAUGAGGUCGAUCGGAAUGAGGGAAUGGCCAAACAGGAAGUGGCGGAGAAAGUUGAGAAUAUUGUGGAGACAAAGAAAGAGGGAGAGGAUUGUGUUCAGAGGAAACGUAGGAAUAGGAAGCUACGAAGGACUGAGAUGAAAUUUCGGGAAGUAGAAGAGAUGAAGGAAAACGAGAUUGAGGGAGAGGGGAAUGAUGUAGAGCCCAAGAAGGAAGUGGCGAGUGAGGUAGAGGUAGCGGUGAUUGAGGUAGAUGCAGUGGCCAAGCAGGAAGUGGUGAAAGAGGUUGUGGCCAAUGUCGUAGAAGGGAUUGAGAGAGAUACAAAGCAGGAAUUGGUGAAACAGGUCGAGGCAAUUCAGGUCGACACGAUCGAAGAAAAGGCCAUGCAGGUCUUGAUCAAUGAGGUAGACACGAAUGAGCUAAAGGCCAAACAGGAAAUGGCAAAAAAAGUUGAGAACGUGGUGGAGGAGAUAAAGCAGGAAGGGGCAAAUGAGGUUGAGGCAUAUGAAGUAGAUGCCAUCCAGGAAGUGGCAAAAGAGGUAGAGGAGAUUGAGGGAGAGGCCAAGCAGGAGGUGGUUAUGGAGUUAGAGCCGAAUGAGUUAGAGGCGAAUGACGUAGAGGUGAUUGAGGUAGAAGUGGAGGUAGGGGAUAUUGAGGUGGAGGAGAGUGAGGCGAUUUUGGUAGAGGCGAAUGAUGUAGAGGCAAUAGAGGUAGACGCAAAAGAAGUAGGAGCUAUUGAGUUAGAGGCAAAUGAGGUAGAGCUGAAGGAGGUCGACACGAUUGAAGACGAUACAAAGCAGGAAGUGGUGAAUGAGGAAGGAAGAUGUGAGCAACCUUGGAGGGCAGAGAGUGUUCAGGAAGAGAAGAAAGAGAUUAAGCACAUCCCAUCUUCUAAGGGAGAGAGAAAGAACAGUUUCUGGCGUUGGGCAAUUUGGAGCUUCAUGUGCUGCACACGGCAGCUGGAGAAAGAUGAAGAGGAGAAUGAACGAGGAGGAGACAGAGGGAAGGAGCACCAAGACGAGGAGCUGGGAAACAAGAAGAAAGAAAAGUGGUGGAGACUCCACAGAGGGAGAAACUAUGUGAUGUGUCAGGAGGAGGAGCAGGAGGAGGAGGAGCAGGAGGAGGAGCAGGAGGAGGAUGAGCAGGAGGAGGACAAGGAGGAGGAGCAGGAGGAGCAGGAGGAGGAGCAGGAG